AUGACAUCUGUUCGUACAAUACUCUCCAUAGUUGCUUCUAACGGGUGGUCUCUUCAUCAAAUGGAUGUGAAAAAUGUUUUUCUUCAUGGUGACCUGACCGAAGAUAUUUAUAUGACUCCUCCUCAAGGUUUAUUCUUAACUUCUACUGGAAUUGUCCUACUUCUUCUGAAUGUUGAUGAUAUGAUUAUUACUGGUUCUGAUCAUGCUUCGAUUCAAAGCCUUAAACAACAGUUACAAGCAUCGUUUCAUAUGAAAGAUCUUGGUAAUUUGCAUUACUUUCUUGGUCUUGAGGUUCAUUCUACAUCCAAGGGCAUAUUCCUCCAUCAACACAAGUAUGCCACAGAUUUAAUUUCUAUGGCUGGUCUACAAUCGGCUAAUCCAAUGGAUACUCCUCUUGAGGUUAAUGUUAAAUAUCAUCGUGAUGAUGGUGAUCUCUUGCCUGAUCUCUUAUUGUAUCGUCAACUCGUGGGUAUCCUUAAUUACCUGACUAUUACUCGCCCUGACAUAUCUUUUGUUGUUCAACGAGUAAGUCAAUUCAUGCACUAUCCUCGUCAUCUUCACUUGGCAGCAGUUCGUCACAUAAUUCACUACCUGAAGGGAAGCUCUCAUCGUGGUUUAUUCUUUCCCACUGGAAUUGCUCCUAAACUGAGUACUUAUAGUGAUGCCGAUUGGGCAGGAUGUCCUGAUACUCGACGAUCUGUCACUGGUUGGUGCAUGUUUCUUGGCUCUUCAUUGAUAUCAUGGAAAAGUAAGAAAUAA